CGAGGGCAGCUCACGCGCUACGUCACUGGGUCCUCAAUGACUUUGACCCCCGAAGGGGCUGGACAUCUCAGAGCUAGCUCGACCUCUGUUGGAGAAGAUGCACUCACUUUCGGCUAUGGGGAGCUUCCGUGGCCUGUGCCUUGCGGCGGGAAACUGUUUGAGAUUAUGUGAAAGAGAAGUUUUUCCUUCUCUCAAGCUAGCCAGAAAAGGAGAUUUGAAGAUGACAAAGGGAUUUUGUACAAAACCACAGCAAACUCCAAAAGCACCAUCUCAGACUACAGACUUUUAUAAAUUUAGAGUGCCAUUACAUAAGCCCACUCCCUGGGAAAAGAAGAUAAUGAUCUGGUCAGGCCGUUUCAAAAAAGAAGAUGAAAUCCCAGAGACGAUCACGUUUGAAAUGCUUGAUGCUGCCAAGAACAGGGUCCGGGUCAAGGUCAGCUACAUCAUGAUUGCCCUGACUAUAUUGGGAUGCAUUGUCAUGAUCUUUCAGGGAAAACAGGCUGCCAAAAGACAUGAGACCCUGACGAGCCUGAACUUAGAAAAGAAAGCUCGUUUGAGAAAGGAAGCGGAAGAAGCCUUGGAGCCCAAAACUGAUUAGAGUUACAGACAUUGAUUGAAGUGGUUAGAUGAGUAUUUAACACUCAGCAACAGCAGUGUGGCAGGAAUGUGCUUCCCUGGUAGAAGCUGUGGUGCGGGGAAACAGUCACAUAAAAGUAUGACUUGUACCAAUGCCCUUUUGCUGGGUUCUGUAGCAGCAUCAAUAAACUAUCGUAGCACAA